AUGCCGCAAUAUCGCAUCGAAAUCUCCCCCAAUAACCGUGCGGGGUGCAAGGACACGGUGUGCAAGAAGGCCGCCGUCAAGAUUACCAAGGGCGAGAUUCGAUUCGGCACCUGGGUUGAGAUUGACGACCGCGGCAGCUGGUCGUGGAAGCAUUGGGGAUGCGUGUCGGGCGAGCAGAUGCAGCGCCUGCACGACCAAUGCCGCCAGGGCAACGAUGAGUGGGACUUUGAUCAGCUCGACGGCUACGAUGAGUUGGCGGCAAACGCCGAGGUGCAGGAAAAAGUCAGUCGCUGCGUGAAGCAGGCGCACAUUGACGCCGAGGACUUCAAGGGUGAUCCUGAAAAGAACAAGCCGGGUGAGAAGGGUAUCCGUCUCACUGCCAAGGAAAAGGCUGCUCUCGAAAAGAAGGAUGAGGAGGACCCCAAACCCAAGAAGCGCGGCCGCGCCAGCACGAACAAGGGCAAAGACGCCCAGGCUGACGAGGAGGAUGAGGAGGAGCCCCCUGCCAAGAAGAACAAGGCCAAAAAGGCCAAGGCGGGCAACGACGAUGGCAAUGACGAAUCACCGGCUAAAAAGGCCAAGGCUCCUGCAAAGAAGGCCAAGGCCAAGGUUGCCGACGAGGACGACGAUGAUGCUCCCCUUACCAAGGCCAAUAUCGGUCGCGGCAGAAAGGCCAAGGUUGCCAAGGACGAGGAAGAAGAGGAAGAUACUUCUGCUAAAAAAACCAAGACUGCACCUCGUGGCAGAAAGUCCAAGCAGGUUGAGGAGGAGGCGGACGACGAAGAUGAGGCUCCUCCUGCUAAGAAGGCUACCCCUAAGAGCACCCCCAGAGCCAGACAGUCCACACAGGCCGAGGAGGAGGAGAAUGAGGAGAAUGAGGCUCCUCCUGCCAAAAAGACCAAGGCCGCUCCCAAGACUGCUACCAGGGCCAAAAAGUCCAAGCCAGUCGAGGAGGAUGAGGAUGAGGGUGCGGAGGAAGAAGAAGAGAAGCCCAAGCCCAGACGCCGCGGCCGCCCCUCCAAGGCCUAG